AUGGCCCCAAUUCCUAUAACCAUCAUAACAGGCUUCCUGGGGUCGGGAAAGACAACCCUCCUAUUGAAUCUAAUCCCUCAGCUCCGCGCCGCCAACCCCGCCUACCGCCUCGCCCUACUAAAAAACGAAUUCGGCGACGUAGCUAUCGACUCGCAGCUAGCAUCCUCGAGCGCUGUCUCCGGAGUCCAGGAGUUGUUAAACGGAUGCAUCUGUUGCAACCUUGUUGGACAAUUAAGCACCGCUCUCGCCGAGCUGCGCGACACAGUCCACCCCGACCGCAUCGUCAUCGAGACUUCUGGGUCCGCAUUCCCGGCUACGCUUGCUAUCGAGGUGAAUCGGCUGGCGCGCGAGACGGGGGGUCAGUAUGUGCUUGAUGGCGUGGUUAGUGUGAUUGAUGUUGAGAAUUGGGGCGGAUAUGAGGAUACCAGUUAUACGGCGCGCAUACAGGCGCGGUAUACAGAUCUGAUUGUCUUUAAUAAGUGGGAGACGUGCGAUGAGCGCAGGUUUGAUGAGUGUCGCGAUCGGGUGGGCGAUCUUGAGGUCGAUGUUGCGUGGGUGAAGAGCGAUAAGGGUCGGGUUCCUGUUGAUGUCAUAUUUGGUAUUGAUGGUGGAUUGGCGAGGACAUUGACGGAAGAACCGGUGAGGAAGGAUAGCGAUCAUUCACAUAAUCACGACGAAGACCACGACGAUGGCCAUAGUCACCAGAGCGAGGUGGAGGUUUUAUCAGUCGCCCUCUCCGGGAAGACAGGCAGCGCCGUCAAUGCGACAAAGCUAAUGGCUCUACUAAACUCGGCGCCCAAGGACGAAGUAUAUCGGAUCAAAUCUGUAUUAACAGCAUCUUCGAAAGUCCGGGGCUCCGGUGAAGACGAGCCCGCAGCAUCGACAACGCCGUCGGAUCAUCCAGGCAGGUAUAUUUUGAACUGGGCCUUUGGGAGGUGGACAUUUACAUCACUCGAGCCGGAGACGGUUGAGCACAGCUCCAGCCAUCAGACUAUACUACGUAUGACAGUAAUUUUGGCAAGGUACGAGAGCGCGAAGUGGAAGAAGAAAUUAGAGACAGGUGGGUUUUUGGAGCUCGGGGGUGACAAACAGGGCAAUUUAGAAGUUAGUAGGAUUUCUUGA